AUGGCAGUAAGUCUACAAGUGGUCCAGAGAUUGGAAGCGAUGUUGGCCCAGGAUUCCGUCUCGUGCGAUGAGACGACGGCCCAGGAGCUAUUCACUGCUGCAAAACAAGGCGAUGCCAACGAAUUCAUCGGAGUCGUAGCACGUUACUGUUCCGAGCCCAAUCGACGUCUGUGUCUGUCGGUCAUUCUAAGCCCCUCCCGAAGUUCGUUGCUCCAUGUGGCCGCGGGCCUUGAGAGUGACGAGAUCCUGAGAGCCAUCAUCGGUCACUUUCCCGGCCACGAGGUGGCCCGGAAAAAUUGCAGGGGAGACACCCCGCUUCACUUGGCCGCCAGGGCCGGAAGGACCGCUGCAGCCGGAGUCCUCAUUGACCGAGCGUUGGACGUCGGCUGGGGCGAGAUAAGGCAGGCUCUCGUUCAAGUGAAGAAUGACAGGGGAAACACCCCGCUGCAUGAGGCCGUUGUGAACGGCCACCUUGACGUGGCCCGGAUCUUGAGAGGUAAGGACCUGCAACCCGUGUAUUUGGAGAACAAGGAAGGUAAAUGUCCUGUGUCUCUGGCCGUGGAGAGGGGCAACUGGAGGUUCUCGGGCUUUUGUUGGAAGAGCCACUUGAUUCGUGGAGGAUUCAAGGCGUGUCGCCCGUCCAUACGGCUAUCUUACAAGGCAAACUAG